GGGGAUACCUAUCGAGAGACGACAUGGUGCGAACAAAAGAAAGCCGGGCUUGAGGGUGGACAGAAAACAUGAAUAAGGUUGACGUUGGGAGUCUAUCUCUUGUCGGAUUAAGGUGGGAAGACAGACGAGGAUCGCCCCACGUGGGGAGAUGUAUUUAUCUCCUUCCUUUUCCGGUACAAUUCGACUGAUAUCGGUCGUUCCUGUCUCUUUGUGCACUUUCCAACGGACCAGACAAGAUGGAAUAUUUCCUCAGAGACGAAGCAGCGCUGUGGACCGUCGCCUCGCCAUCAGCGCACAGCAGACCUUGGUGCUGGUGGGCAAUUUAUUGUUUCUGAAACUCCUCCAUAUCACGGCUGUCUGGGCUACUCGACAGGGUGCUAGAGGUAGAAGAUUGACUGCAACAAUCGACCGGACGGAGCAACGGAUUCUGGAAAUAUGGCAGACCGUGACGGUCGGGUCUCAAUCGCAUGCUUGCAGCUCCUUGCCAACGGAGAUGGUGGUUCCCGCUAUUGAAUGGAUGGGGGCUGGCUCGUCGGAAGUGGUCUCAGCAAUCUAUGUCUCGGAUGGACCCCUGCGACAACCGGGCCGUCUCCAGCUUCGAGAGACCACUACCCGACAGGGACAGGUGGUGCGGAAUCACGUACCGAGCGUGCUGGAGAACAUGUCGCUCCGUGCGUCCUUGUCGGCGGACAUGUCUAGCUGCCCUACUACGAACAGGUCAAUCGAUGAAGAGGCUGCCACCGCCGUACGACGCCAGCUGGUGUUCCAGUAUCCCUCUAGCAGCGGGUCGGCGUAUUCCUUGACGGGCCACCAGCGGUCUGCCUCUACCAGCGCGGCCAUGGGGCAGGCCACGAUGUUAGCACACUAUAAGGAUCUGAUUCCAGCGAGACCGGCGUUCAGCUCACUCGGUAGAGAAGACAGCAAGGAUGUCUCGAUGGCUACAGGCGAGGGAGAGGCAUACGGGAGCUCUUCAACGUUUCCGGGGAAAUAUCCGGUCAGCGAUGGGCUUGAUUACAGUGGUUCAGCGAGCGUUUUCAGAGAUGUAACUAUACUUUUGGUAAAACUCUCAAGAAUGGUCACUCCGGAUGAACUGCAUGGUCCAGAUAACCCAUCGCCUUGACGAUGAUCUUUGCACUCUCUAGAACCCGUCUCUUGCUGUCUCCCCGCGUAUCCUGCCCGGCGAAUGCCCCAUGGGUAUCUUCAAUCACCCGAAUAGUCGCGACGGUCGCCUCGUCGAGAUACGUAAUGCAGUCCCAGAGGAUAUUGGCCGAGACUGUGUUUCCCUUUUCAUCUGUCCGCCUUGACCGACACAGGAAUGCUCGUUGUCCGAUGCCCAGUUUCGGGACGGUGUGGAUGGAUAUCAGAUCGGGGAGGUGGACGUCCGGCGUGAAUACAUUCUUGUAGGUUUUGGAUUCUUGUAGCCUCCCCAGUGUGGUCCAUGAUUGUCUAGAGCAUAGUUAACCAAGUCUCUCCU